UCCUAGAUGCAGUAUUAGAAAAGCAUACCAGCUAGCUACAGUGCCACACUUGAACGAGUUCUGUGUCAACGAGUCUGUAACCUUUAUUGCCUGUGCACCUCUGCAAUUCUCCCAAUUGAAAUGCCACCAAGACGGGCUCGUGUUGCACCAACUCUUGAAUCUCGCCUCAAGCAAGGGCUUGAUUACGUCGCUAAUCUGCGUUCUGACGCAGUGCCUAAUAUGGAACGCGUCGAUGACCUGACUGAUGCAUUAUGUGAAGCGGACCCAGAUUUGCUCGGCAGCGCCGAUAUCCUGGGCGGCGUCGUGGCGGCACAUGCCUGGGCCGCACGCGCCGUCGCCGCUGAUAUGUUGAGUGUCCCAGGCAUUGUUAUGCUCGAAACGACCAUGCUAAGCCUGGGUAGCUUGCUAAAGGGUCGGCAGGGCGACCCAGCUGGCGACCGGCUGGCCCGGGCCCUGCUGAGGGCGGACACGCUGGCCGUUUACUCGAGGCUGUUGGCGCAGACGCUCGCACCCACCCGCGCGGCGGCCGCCCGCCGCAGCCGCAUGCCGCUGAACCAGAUCAAGGCAACGCAAAUCAUGCGCGUGAUCGUUCACAUGAACGCGGUUGCCGAGUGCGUGGACGAGAGCCCGGACGCUGGCCUGAAGCAGGAGCUGAUCUCGGCGCUGGCGCACACGCAGCUGCUUGAGCACGCCGCCCAAGCGCUGCUGCACGCCGCUCAGGCCACCCCAGCUGCGCCCGGCAUAGCGGCAGUGGCAAGCUCGGCGCAGGAGGCAAAUGAGGACUGGGCGCUCGUGUGUAAGGCAGCGAAUGUCCUUUGCAACUUGUUGGCGAACCUGGUUGGGGAACUGAGCAUCGUCUCGUUGUGCCCGCGGCCCCGGGAAAGGGACAUACUCUGCGAUGCUACGCGUACGCCGGACCAGCUACGCCUGCUGGAGCAGCUGCGGCCGCUGCUGGCCGGCCCCUGCUUGCAGCUCGUCGCGGCGUGGGCGGGCCUGUGCGCGGCCAUGACCGUACGGCAGCAGGCCGACGGCGGCGGCGCCGUCCAGCAGGGCGUGGCACAUGCCCGGUCGCACCAGGGUUAUGGGCUGCCGGCGGAGCUGAUGCGACCGCUUCAGCCAUUGCGGCAGGCCGAGGCGCAGAAAUCGAGCUCACAUCUGGCAAUAUGUGUCAUGGUGCAGGCGCUUGGUUAUGCGAUCCAACCAACGGUCAGCGGCCCCUGCGACCUUGCCAUCGCCCAGCCGUCCGUGGGCUACGACCGCCUGCCGCACAGGCAGCCGCAGCCGCAGCGACCAUUGGCGGGGCCAUGCGCGGUGGCAACAGCGGCGGCAGCAGGAGCAGCAGGAGGUUCUGCUGCGCAGUCCGACGCGGGAGCUCCGUUCAGCGCCGUACAAGCUUACGGGUUGCUAAGCAAAGUCUGGUACGGCCUGGCCUGUGACAGCAGCAAGCACUUGCGCAGCCUGUACCUGGUCGCCCUUGUAAUGACCCGGCUGCUGACAGAGCUGCGGCCGCGGCGGGCGGCGGUGCUGCUGCCGGGCUGGUGGCGGCUGCUGGCGCAGGAGCCCUCCAUGCUCAUUCAGGAAAGGAGGAUGGCGCAGGACGCAGGGGAGCUGCUGCAGCUGCAGCUGAAUGCGCCGCCGCCGGCCGCGUGGGCUGCUGGGGUGACGGACGCAGCUUCCGUGGCUGCGGCGAGUUUCGACUGGCCGCCGGAACCGAAGGAGGUGCAGAACACGGAGGCGGUCAUAGCAGCAAAGGCAGCCGCCAGCCUGGCGCGUGGUAGGGACCCCAGCUACAGCCUCCGCGGCGCUCUAGGCGCGGGGCUGCUGCCAGUUGUGGAGCGGUGCCUUCGCGCGCCGCAGGCCUGGCAGCAGGCCAGCAGCGCCAGUCUGCAGCUGAAUGUCGUGAACUGCGUGCUGCGCUACUCGGGCGUGUGGCCCGCAGUGCUGGCUCGCGGUCCCGUGCAGCAGGCGGUGUCGCUGAUUGCCACGCUGGGCGCAGCAGCUCGGCUGUUGCAGGAGAAGGACACGUUGGUGUACACGAUCCCUUUCGCGUCUCAGCCGAGCAAACACCUGGUCGUUGAGUGCGGCGCCAGCGGCUACCUGUGUGCCUACCUGUCCGCAAUGCUGGAGCAGGUCGCGGACGUGCGGGCGCUGCGCGAGGGCGCACAGCAGCAGCAGCAGCAGCAGCAGCAGCAGCGGGAGGGGCAGCAGGAACAGGAGGCGCCAGCAUUGCAGCAGGCAGCCACCGCAGCCGGAGCCGCAGCUCCCGUUCUGCACCUCAACUCGGUGCUAGAGGUGCUUGUACACGAGGACGGGAGUGUCAAGCCCACAGCCUGCUCCAUCGCCUGGAUGGCGGCGGCGGGCGGCCUGCCAGCUGCCGGCUCGGCAGCGGACCGGCAGCAGCAGCUGCUCACAAGCUUCGCGGUGUACCAGUGGCUGCCCGCGCUUGCAAAGGCAACGGAGGAGGCCUUGAUGGGCCAGGCGGCGGCCACCGAGCGCAACCUGUCUCAGGCGCUCAUGGUGGGGCGCCUGCUGAUGGAUGUGCUCUGGCGCGCAGAAAGUUUAGAGAACGAAAUCGACGGCGGCGUGGGCGCUGAAACCGGUGGGGAGGCUAGCAGCCGGCGGCCGGAUGGGGCGUGGGAGGGCGUGACGCAGAUUGAGGAGCUUGCGGCGGACAUGGACAAAAUAGCGUUCCUCUUGGUGGCGGCCGCAGAUGAUCUGCUGCUCGAUGGCUAUCAUGCGUGGGAGCGCACGGCUGUGCUGGACCUUCUGCAAUCUUACUGGACAUGCGUUGCGAAUGCGGUGUACGAGGUAACACGGGAGCGGGCAACACGCAUGGCAAUGCAGCUGCAGCAGCAGCAGCAACAGCAGCAACAGCAGGAGCAGCAGCAGCAGCAGCUGGCGCCACCGCCCGAGCUAGUGCUGCACUGCGUGCGGCCGCUGCCGGUGCAGCGGUUGGCGGCCGCGCAGGGGCGGCAGGACAUUGUCGAUUACCUGGACGCAGCAGCAGUGACGACAAGAGCGAUGGUGGUGGAGGAGUGCAGUAGCGCUGAGGCCGGUGAAAGCGGCACAGAAGUGCUUGAAGCAGCUAGCCUGGACGGUGAUGCGGAGCGUGCAAUCGCCACGGCGGAUAGGUUGAGGGCGAAGUGGGUUGUUGCAGUGCGGCUGCGGUACCCGUGGCUGUUGUCUCAAGGCCAGGUACAGGCGGGGCUGCAUGACCUGAUGGUCGCAGAGGCGGCGGCUGCAGCGGCAGAGCCGCCCGAGGCGCCCCGUGAUGGCGGCAGUAGCAGUGGCAGUAGCAGUAGCAGCAGCGGUGGGCCAGUGUUUGAGCACAAGCUGUGCUGCAACCCGCGCUGCUGCUCGCUGGACGGCCCCAGCGCAUUGAUUGCGCCCCGCAGCGGCAAGACGUGUGUGCGGUGCCGUGCUGUCACGUACUGCUGCGGCGCUUGCCAGCUGGCAGACUGGCGUGAGCGGCACUCUGGUACCUGCAUUGGCGCGCCCGCGGCGGCGGCAGGGUCAGCCGGGUCUGUGCAAGCAGGGGUAAAGAAGGCAUGAAGUGCAUAAACGUUGGUUGUGCAGGAUGAAGGUCAAACAAUGAUUGGACGCGAACCGGGGGUGUGUAGGCUGGAAGAGGCUUUGAAGAAUGCACACCGGGGCAUACUGUAUGAUAAGAAAGACGAUGCUGUUUGCGAUUACGGUGUUAUAGCUGUUUGCGGUUGCGGUGUUAUAGCUGUUGGCAGACAGUCUGCACGUGAUAAGAUUGGGACCUUCUGGUUGGUAUGCGUUGGGACAGUGUUAAGGCAGGUUGGUGAAGUCCCGUAGGGUGGGACCUGAGGUGGUGCGAGGAGCUGAUUUAUGGUGGCCGGGGGGGGGGGGGGGUUGCCCUGAUUCUGGCGCGAUAGAGACCGUGCUAUACAGUAGGUAUCGUGACAGGGAGCACGCAGGCUACAACGCGCCAUACAAAUACCGUUUGAGACACAGACGGAAUGGGAACGCAAAGACAGGUGCAUGUCGUAAUGACCGUUGGGGUGCUAGAGCCACUUCUGGGAAAGGUAGGUUGGAUUCGUUGUAUGAGAUAGAGCGAUACCAACCCUGCAAAGCUUGAGUGGUGGGGUCUUGGCAUGCACAGCGCCAUGGCUGGCUGUGAGGGCUGGUGCCAUGCCUCCCAGCUCAUGCCUGCCUUGCCCAUAUGUCAUGCAGCAGGUAUGUACCAUAAUGUGACCAGUUGGGACACAGGUGUGAGCGUGACAGGCAAGGUGUGUGGUAGCCUGCAUUGAUGAACGUGUGUGGCAUUGUUGCACGCGAUGACGCGACCAGCACACGCCAGCUGCGGCCGCUGCAAAAGCGACACACAUUUGGUGACAGUACCAGAAGGCAGAAGCCUCCAUUACGAAGUGAAUGCCUGCCAAGGCGAAGCCAACAUGGCGACCGCAAGUGUGGAUGGCCUGGCGGCCCUGGCCAACGGGUGCGGUGCGCAUUGACCAUGAAGAGGCCCUGGUUCCACCUAAGCGCACAGGCGCACGGCAGCAGCACAGGACCAGCCGCGGGACCAACAGAAAGGGGAGGGGAGGGAUGGUGCGUGGGCGCGUGGGACAGUCAGGGCACAACCGGCAAACCGAGGGGAGGCUGGCAGGCUAUGUGCGUAAACCCGUGUACGAAAUGUACGCGCAAACUUUUAGGCACGGCUGAAAGUACGGUUAGUGCAGACGGUGUGAGCAGUAAGAUCAGCAGGGUGCUGCAGUGUGGUACCUUUCACUGAUUU